GCCCGUUCUCCGCCCCGGCGCCGGAGAGCGGCCGGCGGGAGCGCCCCUCCUUCCCUCCGCGAGGGCGGGCGGAGAGCGGCGGCGCCGCGGGGGAGGCGCUCCGGAGCCAUGCGGGAGUACAAGGUGGUGGUGCUGGGCUCGGGCGGCGUGGGCAAGUCCGCCCUCACCGUGCAGUUCGUCACCGGCUCGUUCAUCGAGAAGUACGACCCCACCAUCGAGGACUUCUACCGCAAGGAGAUCGAGGUGGACUCCUCGCCGUCCGUGCUGGAGAUCCUGGACACGGCGGGCACCGAGCAGUUCGCCUCCAUGCGGGACCUCUACAUCAAGAACGGGCAGGGCUUCAUCCUGGUGUACAGCCUGGUGAACCAGCAGAGCUUCCAGGACAUAAAGCCCAUGCGGGACCAGAUCAUCCGCGUCAAGCGGUACGAGCGGGUGCCCAUGAUCCUGGUGGGCAACAAGGUGGACCUGGAGGGCGAGCGGGAGGUGUCCUUCGGGGAGGGCAAGGCGCUGGCCGAGGAGUGGAGCUGCCCCUUCAUGGAGACCUCGGCCAAGCACAAAGCCUCGGUGGACGAGCUGUUCGCCGAGAUCGUCCGCCAGAUGAACUACGCCGCGCAGCCCGGCGGGGACGAGCCCUGCUGCGCCGCCUGCGCCAUCCUCUGAGCGCCCGCGGGGACGGACCCGGCUCCGCGCCGCCCGGGCCGGGCACGGGGCGCCGCUUCCCUCCCUCCCGCCCGCCCCGCCGCGCUGCUCCGCUCCGCGGCCGUAGCGGGGCCGGCCCGGGCGCCCCGACACGCUAUGCAAGGUGGAGCGCGGCGCGGGGAGCGGCGCGUCCGCCCGGACCGGGACCGGACGGAGCGCGGGGCGGAGCGGCGCGACCGCCUGUGAAAGGAUUCUCUAUUUUGUUUACCUGCUGUAUCACAGGGAGUCUGCAGGAGAGUGGCAGGGCGUUAUUUUUUAAUGGUUCUUUUUUUGCGAUCAGCUGUGAAAACGUUACGAGUCUGCACAAUGUUUAGGUGUGCGUGCGUGUGUGAUUUCGUUAUUUUAUUCCCCCCCUCCGGCGGGCGAGAGGGGCGUUCCUUCCCGGGGCUCUCUCUGGGUCGGCGCUGCCCCGCAGUGCCCCGCUCGGAGCGGCACAGCCCCUCCAUCCCACCCCCCCUCCCGUGUCCGCAGUGCCUUCCCCGCACCCCGUGCCGGCUGGUGCCAACCUGUGAGCGCCGCAGAAUCCCCUUCUCUGCCACUCCGAACCCACGCACAGUUCCCUCUCAGUAAUCAUGCCGAACAGGCCAGGACAAAAGGGCCCAUUGUUGGUGGGAUUUAUUUCUUAUUUCCAUCCAAGCCUUUUAGCUGUAAUUUCGAUGUCUUGCAAGUUUGGCCUUCAUUUACUUCAAAUUUGCAAGAAUUCAGCGUUUUGGGACUUUGAGCGGUGGGCUUUUUUUUCUGCCUCCUUCUUUGUGUUUUGUUGUUACUGUCACUGUGGGGGCUGUACCUCCGGCCAGCAGAGGAAGAAAGCUUAACAUUGUGAUGUACCAAGAAAAUUGUCACACCUGUCCGUGGAUCCCAGACCUGCAGCUAAGAGAUGUCUAUCCAUUUUAAGAAUUUUAAUACAAACGCUGUUUUUUAGAAGACAACUUUGUGCGCUUUUAUGUAUUACAUGGAAUGUUUUUACACAGGCCGUUAAUCCUGGUUCAUUGCACAGCCACAGCAAGAAGGGCGUGAGGGGCUUCGUUUAGCUAAGGUUGGCAUUAAAAAAAAAAAAAAAAAAGACCAAAUGCUGAAGUAAGAUGAGUAAAUAGUGAGUAAAACAGUAACACAGCUUCUCGUUUGUGUUUAGGUCCUGGUCCUGCACAAGGCAGCGCUGCGCUCAGCAGGCAGCUGUCGGAAGGUUGUGUGUUGUAACCCAGCAGUGUCUCGUCAGGUUAGGACCUGGUUCUUCACUAUGGGCAGUGUGGUUGGGUAGAGCAGGAGUCUGAAAGGCACUUAUUUAUGACAUCUCAGCUUUCCAUCUCUUUGCAUUUUAAUGCCUCGAAAUCGUGGUUUCCGGAUUUGAAGAGGGAGUGGGGUGGGAGGAGGCUGUACCUUCAGUGAGCUGGGACACCUGGGCUUUGGUCAUCUCCCUCACCUUCCUCUCUUAGCUCCUCUUCAGAGACUAGCAACAAAAAGUGCAGCUUUUUCCCCGUGCCAAGAAAACUUGAAAUUGUCCUACUGUGUGAAAGCAGAAAUGGAGCAGUGCUGCAUGGAGAGCUUUUAGUUAGGCCAGCUGCAAUCUAACUGCCUCGAUGCCCAACGUAAAUCUGAUCGUUUCUCUUUUUAAGUAGGAAAGCUUUCUGCUUCAGUGCUGGAAGGAGUGGCUUUAGUUAAAUUCUGUAUAGUGAAACCCCAGCGACUGACAUUACAAUUAUAAUAUUAUGUUUUAGUUGGAGAUUAGAUACUGAUUUUUACCAACAUCCAAUGCCUACUGAAAAUCUGGAUGCUGAGUAUUAGGGGCUUCUUUUUACAAAAGUAAUGUGUUGGAAAGAAAGCGUGACUGCAGGCAUAUCUUGCACUGAAGUUUACAGAAGAAAAUUUGCCAUAAAUUCACAUCUCAGCUAUUGCAAUGGUCAACGUUUGCCUUAAAUUCAGUGGGAUUGUGUGGCGUUCAGCACCUGAGCGGCCUCGUGCCAGAUCGAUGUAUUGAAAGCACGUCGUUCCGCUUGGUAAAAGCAGUUCUCUGCAACAGACUGCAGAUUUGUCAUGUUUUGUAGUGCCUCCUGUUUUCCUAUUGCCUGUGUUGUGACUGAGGAAUGAUGCACAAAUGGAUGUAAGUAGCGUACGGUGGGACACAAAGUCCCGUGUUCCUUAGCCCGGCGCAGCAGCUGGAGGCAACUAAGGAAAUUCUGGACUGUGCUGGUUUUUUUGUAGCUAUACUCUUAAUUCUUGCCAAAAAGGUGUGUUUGUCAAAUAGCGAGGGAUUAAAGAAAACAUGGCGUGGGUCUAAUCGGAGUUCUGAAUGUAUUUAGGUGUUCAGUGUUCUCUAUGACUUGGUGAGGACAGUACAAAAGUAGAACUCGGUGUUUGAUCUUCCAAAUCUUCUGAAGUGUUCUGGUGCUUGUUAAACAUAGGCCUUGUCUAUCAAGUAGAAACAAAAUCGUACUGCUUUAACUUGACUGAAUAACAAAAGCUAUAUUUGCUUCUACACUAGAAAAAAAAAAAUGUUGUAUCAAUAUAAAGGUACUCUUUUAUUCCUUUUCCCUGUGGGAAUAUGUUAUACCAGUGUCAGUGCAAAGGUGGUAUAUAGCUCUUUUCACAGUGAGAAUUGCAAAAAUGUAAUUGAUUUGGAAGAAAAAUUGCAUUCCCAGCCAGAAUACUUCCUGACAGUGCAGAAGUUGUAUAAACAAGGCCUUGGUUUAAGGCUGGUCUUAUGACCACAUAUUUUGCUGUACAUAAUGAUGGUAUUUUUAAAAAUCCAAGCUUGUUCUAUUGCCAGAAAGCAUGCCUUUGAAAUCCCAGUCUCUGUGAUUGUAACUGUGCCAUAUUCCGGACCUCGUUGCAAAUACAAGUGUGGUUCUUCCCA